AUGGGGGCCAACAGGGAAAGCAGUGACAAGCUGGCCAAGGAGGAGCGCAGCAGCACCCUGAACCUCCACAAGCUCAGGACACAGUGGCGGGCGGUGCUGCGGGAGACCAAGGACAAGGAGCUGCGCCGGGACAUCGAGAUCCUCAGCCAGACCUUCGCACGCGUGAUGGACUGCAAGGACGGCGUCAUCGAGGCGAGCGUGGGGCUGCAGCUCCAGCGCAGCCGCCUGACGUGCCUGGAGGAGGGAUACGGCGCCCAGCUGGAGGCCCUGAAGACAGAGUUUGAGGCUGAGAGGAGGACCAUCCUUGAGCAGCACGAGCGAGAAAGCUGCUACCUGCGGGACGUGGCGCUGGCCAUGGAGCAGAAUUAUGCCAAGAACGACCAUGAGGCUACGCUGAAUUUCCAGAGCGCCCGGGAUGACCUCAAAAACAAGAGCCUGCAGGAGAAGCAGUACAGCCGCCUGCAGCUGGGCGGGAAGGUGGACGUGCUCUGGGAGCAGUUCCAGCGGGCCAUGCAGAGCUACACGGAGGCCACCGAGCACCAGAAGAUUGCUUUUGAGGCGCUGAAGCAGAAGGAUGAGAAGAGCUCCAGGGAGAUAGAGAUGCAGGCGAAGAAGCUGCAAAAGCUGCAGGAUUUGGUCACAGCCACCAAGGGCCGGAUCGGGGCUCACCUCCGGGAGAGCGAGGAGAAGAACCGGCGCAUGCGGGAGGAGAAGGAAAGGGUCCUCAGGCGGCUCCAGGAGCUCAAGAGCGAGAUGAACCAGGCCAGGGCUAAGGCCCACGGCAGCCUGGCCAGGCUCACCGCCCAGAGCGCCGCUGCCCUGAAGGCGCUGGCACGGGUGGUGGAGAAG